GCUUCUCCGCCGGCCACCGCUUAACGUUGUGAAAGCAUACGAUCCAGUAAUCAAACACCUGCAACAAUUUCCCUUUCGCCUUAUAAUUCAAUCAUUAUCAAGAUAAUGGAUUUUGUUCUCCGCCUUCUCUUCUCUCUCCUCCUUCUCAUCUCUCUCUUCUCAGGACGAGGAUCGGCUGGUGGCGUUUACAAUCACCACCACCACCGCCGCCGCCAUCUCCGCCACCGUUUCCGGCCAACAAAGCUGUUUGUUUUUGGGGAUUCCUAUGCUGAUACCGGCAACAUUCUUUUUCCCAUUUCCCCCGCUCUGCAAUUUCCUUAUGGAAUUACUUUUCCAGGAAAACCCAUUGGCCGUUUCUCCGAUGGUCGUGUUCUCACUGAUUUUGCAGCGAGACAUGUCGGGUUGAAAUCUCCGAUUCCAUUCAGUGUCCGAAACAGAGUCGGGUUGAGAAGAUUGAAAGAAACAGGAGUAAACUUUGCAUUUGGGGGAACCGGCGUCUUCGACACAGAGUAUCCUUUUCCAAACAUGACAACCCAGAUCGACUUCUUUCAACAGCUCCGACAUGGCGAUUCCAUAUUCACCAAUAAAGACGCCCAAUCCUCUGUCGCACUCGUCUCUGCUUCCGGCAACGACUAUUCCUUUUACUUCGCCAUGAACAGCACUAGACAGGGAUUGAAACCGUUCAUAAUGUCGGUAGUGAAUCAGAUCAUCGUGAAUUUGAAACGCAUUGGGGGGUUGGGAGUGAAGAAGAUAGCGGUGACAGGGCUAGGCCCAUUGGGAUGUCUUCCGGUAUUUACAGCGCCCUCAUCAUACAAGCAAUGCAAUGAAACAGUAAACUCGUUGGUGCAGUUUCACAACUUGUUGUUGAAGGAAGGUGUGAAGAAGCUGAACCAAGAAACGAAGCAUUCUUCGAAGGUGUUUAUUGUUGAUGUGUAUGGGGCGUUCAUGUCCAUAAUUGAAGGGCGGAAGAGAUACAACAAUGGAGAGUUCAAGACGCCAUUGAAGCCGUGUUGUCAUGGAGUGGGGAGUGGAUUUAGUUGCGGGAGUGUGGACGGAGAAGGGAAGAAGAUGUAUGUGUUAUGUGAGGAUCACAAAGCAGCUUUCUUUUGGGAUUCGGUGCAUCCUACGCAACAAGGAUGGGCCGCUGCUUUCUCUGCUUUUAAAAGCUUUCGCAACCAUUUUUAAGUUGAAUUAAUGGAGGCUAAUAAACCUCUUCCCUAUCAAAAUCAAUUAA